AUGACAAGAUCGUUUCCUCCUCCCCUCGUUCCCUUCCCCUUCCCCUUGGCUCACUCUCCCUCCCUUCCUCCCUCUCUCUCCUUCUUGCUCUUCUUCUCCCUCUCCUUCUGUCCUCAUCGUUCCGCUUGCGUCCAGGGCUAUGUCAGAUCCACCACUCCUGCAUGGUACACGAAGCAAGAAGACGGCAUCGAGAUCGAGAACGAGGAAGUAGACGAGUUCGAGCUCCUCGUCUUCGCUCAUGAGCCUGUGACGAUGAUCGUCGAUGAGCAGCCGCUUGCCUCUUGCUCUUCGAGUCCAUGUAGGAGCAUCGGCAAGAUGACGUGCGGCUCUCCGCACUCGCUACAGGUGAUUCAGCAUAGUGACUCGGAUCCGCCAGCUCAGUUUGCAGUGUUGAAUUUCACUGUGAUCGAGCCGACGCGGACAACGGCAGGGGAGGAGGAGGAGGAGGAGGAGAACAAGGAAGAGGAGGAGAGCUUGGGUUCCAGACAAGAAGACAGGGAAGGGAGCUUGGGAAACUAUGUCGCCGUCCUGUUCCCCCCCGAAGACUUUUGUAUCGAUCGGGCGGACAGAGGCUACGUCUCCCUUGCCUUGACCGAGGAGUUCUUUCAGCUGCCGGCCUCGAGGAAGGUGAUCCUCUCCAUGCAAGUGCAGGUCUUCUGCUACCUGCUCCAUGGCGCGCUGAAACCGUUGCCGACGAGCUACACGCCUGCGCGGCAUGGCCAGAUGCUCCUCUGUCACGAGUAUGAGUCGGAGCUGAUCCUGGAGGACGGAGCCGCACGGAUGAAGGACAAGGGAGGAGUGGAGCAGGAGGACUGCAGCGCUGGAGGGUCGUGCAAGCAUGACCUGGAAGAAGGAUUCAUGCUCGACAUCUGGAUCUUGCCGAAGGGAUGCAUGUAG